UGGGAGAGAUGGACAAUGUGAUGCGGUGUCAGGGCUCUCCAGGACCACAGUUUAGAUGGCACCACUGGGCUACAGGUGCACCCUCCCGUUUUAAGAGAGAGAAUACACUCCCAGAGUCUGAGCAGGGGUUCGCAAGCUCAAAAAUGUGCAGGUGUCAGAGACAUGUUCUCAUGAAGAAACAGUCCCUAAGGUUGUCGCCUCCUGGUGGUCAUAGAGGGGGACAGCACAUUGUGAACAGAGGGAGAGAGGGAGAGGGAGAGAGGGAAGGCACACUGAGCUCAGAGCAUGUCGCCUGCUGUUGCUGCACCUCACUGUGGGAUCUGCUGUCGACCUUUCAGACUCUACACAUGAACGCAGAGAGCUUUUUUUAACGCGUCCACUCGCUAUGUGCGACCCGGAGGUUUGGCGGAGUGAAGCAGCACAGCGUCUGCUCUGAGUCUGGAGGGGAAAACCAGGCUUGUGUUUGCGGGGAUUUUUCUUUUUUCUUUUUUUUUUGACACAACUUGGCAGACAAGACGCUUGCUGCUGCCGCUGCUGCUCUUGGUGGUUUGUUCGGAGCUGUUUGCAGAGAAAGUGUGAAACAAGUGUCAGGAAAAGAGCAACAGAUGUUUUUCGAGGAUAUGAGGCCGACUGAGGAAUGAGAGCUGCAGCGAAGCACCGGCGGCCCUUCCAGCGGUUCUGCUGCUGUGGAGUCGGGCUGGUCGCUGUCAUUUGGCUCACUCAGGUCAUCCAGGCACCAGACAUUGAGUCUUCUGGUCUUCGGCCAGGCGUGAGCGAUGGGACACAGCGAUGGACUCGCAAGCUGAUGCAGGAGUCAGACAACCAGAGCCUGGAUCAGCCUCGAGCAGCCAUCCAUGAGUUUCCAGAGGACAUCUUCACCAAGGAGCAGAGGAAGAAGGGAGCUGUGUUCCUCCAUUCGCUCUGUGCCAUCUACAUGUUCUAUGCUCUGGCCAUCGUCUGUGACGACUACUUUGUCCCUUCCCUUGAGAAAAUAUCUGAGAACCUGCACCUCAGUGAAGAUGUGGCAGGGGCGACGUUUAUGGCUGCAGGAAGCUCUGCCCCGGAGCUUUUCACUUCUCUCAUUGGCGUCUUCAUCACUAAAGGAGACGUCGGGGUUGGUACGAUCGUUGGCUCGGCUGUCUUCAACAUCCUGGUCAUCAUUGGCCUGAGUGGGAUCUUUGCAGGCCAGACCAUUGCUUUAACCUGGUGGUCCCUUUUCAGGGAUUCCUCCUUCUACAUCCUUUCUGUUCUCACUCUCAUCCUGGUCAUCUAUGAUGCCAGAGUUGUCUGGUGGGAGUCCUUGCUGCUCAUGACAAUGUAUGGAGUCUACAUUAUAAUCAUGAAGUUCAACUCUCAGAUUAUGGCAUUUGUGACGCAUCAGUUCAGGAGCGUCAGGCCCUGCUGCCCAGGGUCAGAGGACCACAGAGACGACAAGAUGGGACAAGAUGACUCUGCUUGCAACACCUCCAUGGUGCUUCUCAACAAAGGCCAAGCUCAUGGUCAGGAGCCUCCUCCAGUCAUCAUGGUGGAUGAGCUUCUCAUCCACAACCCCCACAAACUGUCCUUCUCUGAGGCUGGCCUGCGUAUCAUGAUCACCCCACACUUCUCACCCAGGACCAGGCUCUCCAUGGCAGGACGCAUGCUCAUCAGUGAGAGACAGAGGCUGAUCCAGAGUUCAAAGGACCAGCGCGAUGGUGAGGCAGGUCCUGGUUCAGCCAGCAACAGCCUGAAGAGGACGGGCUCCUGCAGUCUGGAGAAUGGAGGCAGAGGACCUGGGGGAGGAGACGCAGAGUCAGGAGACAAGCCGGGGGUUGAGGUGUGCCAGCAAGGUGAGGAGGAGGAUGAUGAAGAUGGGAUAUUCAGUCCUGUGCGCAUACCAGGUGGCUGCUGUGCGCGGGUGAAGUGGGUGAUCACGUGGCCUCUGGGCCUCCUGCUGUACUGCACUGUGCCUAACUGUAUUCUGCCACGCUGGCACCGCUGGUUCAUGGUCACCUUUGUGGCUUCCACCCUGUGGAUCGCCGUCUUCUCCUACCUCAUGGUGUGGAUGGUCACCAUCAUCAGCUACACACUCGACAUCCCAGACUACAUCAUGGGCAUAACCUUCCUGGCAGCGGGGACCAGCGUGCCAGACUGCAUGGCAAGUCUUAUUGUAGCUCGACAAGGCAUGGGGGACAUGGCAGUGUCUAACUCCAUAGGCAGCAAUAUCUUUGACAUCCUGCUGGGUUUGGGUUUCCCUUGGGCUUUGCGUACCCUUGUGGUGGACCAUGGAUCAUCAGUCUCAAUAAAUAAUAAAGGACUGGUGUAUUCUGUCAUCCUGCUGCUGGCAUCUGUGUUUCUGACGGUGAUGAGUGUUCAUCUGAACCACUGGAGGCUGGAUCGCCGGUUGGGCCUGGGUCUGAUGUUUCUCUAUGCCAUCUUCCUGCUCUGCUCCAUCCUCUUCGGGCAGAUGUGAGGCCUUAAGGUCAAAGGUCAACCCUGUCGGACAACAUGCUGAGUACCUAUCUUUCUACCACACGUCCUCUUUCCUGAAGCUUGUGAGAGUUUCUGUGCACCUCUGUAGGAUUCACUUGGGUGAAACCAUUUACUACACAAAUACACACUGAAGUCUUUUAUGAGUAGCACAAGUAUUUCUUUUUCGUACAGUGUAGUGUUUGAAAGUAGGCAGUUUAAAAUUGAGUGACUUGUCAAGAAAUAUAAUGACAUGGCAGAUGGAAGCCUUUAGAAAAAGAUAAAAAGAGAUUUAGAAACAGAUUGUUGGGGUCGUCAUUAGGUAUGCUGUUGCACAUUGUUGUUGCUGUGUAAUGGUUCACAAAUAUUUAUAUACUGUAACUGAGUUAAAAUGUCACUGUGUACCAAACACUGACAUUAUAUCUCAUAUCUGUUUUAUAUGUCAACAAGUGACAGUUAAUUUUCUACAGACAUUCUUUGCCAUAACAUUCAAUUUUCAGAGAAGUCACUUCUUGCUAAAACUUAGCCACGUUAGCUUAAAAGCCAACUGGUUAACCAUCAACUAAUCUGAACUGCUUCUGCCUGAUAAUUAUUUUGUGAAGAAAUUAUGUUUCACUGUUUCAUUAAAGCAAUAAACCACUAGAAGUUUAGCUUUACAGCAAUUGUGCAGGCUGAGAUGAAAAGUUUUGUUAGUUUUAACUGAUUUAAAGCACAGAUAUACCCUUUGACUCGUUCACGGAGAUUAUGCACAUCCCAUAACAAUUACACAAGGGUCUCGUCCUUUCAGGAACUUCCUAUCACUGCAGCUCUUUUCAUCUCUAGUCUACUGUUUGUUUAUUUAUUUAUACUUUUAAUGUUCGUGUUCUCAAACCUGCUCCUGUUGCGCAAAUUAAUUCCAAGAUCACCAUUGAUUUCGUCAAAAACACAAGAAACAAAAGUUAUUUUGUAGAGAACUUACAGAGAGUAAGUAAAAAUAGUUCUUUAAUCUGCCAUGUCAUUCUUGGGGCUAUUAUUUAAAAUAAAAUUUAAAAAAAAAAAUUAGACUUGUUUGCUGGCCUUAGUUUUGAAUAUUCUUUUAUGUUUUGAAUGUAUACCCUCCUGUGGAAAUAUUUACAUGCAUUCAAAUGUAGCAGGCGGCACUGAAUUACAGCGAAGAACCUCUGAACAGACGGUGAGGUACGUAAGUCCAACAAUAAGGGACACUGCGCAUGUGUCUUUUUAGGAUAUGAAAGGAGUUUUUUAGGAUAUGAAACACUGAUAUGAAAAUGCACAUUAUUGUGACAACAUUUUGAAGAUUUAGCCUCACUGCUUCUAAGCAAGUAUUGGUACAUUUUAAUGUACGUUGAGAGAUUAACGUAGUGUUACAGUAUUUUUAGAGGUCUUAUUACUAUGAAAUCUAACAUAUAAUGUACUUCUAUGAGUGUCGCACACUUUGAUGACUUUGAGUGGACGUUAGUUGUGAUACUAAACGUUUAGGUACGACAAUCGAUGUUUGUAUUGUUUCUAGUACAUUUUAUGAGGUUAUUUCCCUUUGGUGUAACAUUUUUACACAGUCCAGUCAGAACAGAAGCAGCUCACUAUAUACUCACAUGUACAUAUACUGCGUUUGUGUGUGUGUGUCGUAUGGCAAAUAAUGCUGCAUAUUCCAUAUUCAUAUACACAUGCUGCUCCUUUGUUCUUAUGUGAAAAUUCAGAAUUCCAAUUUGGACUCAUAAUACAGUUAAUUUAAAGCUAAAUGUUCCACCAAAGGGAUCUGGGCAACCUUUUUUUUUUUGUUUCUUUCAAAUGGCUGUAUAAUUAUUAUCAUUGUCUACUUGACAAUACUUUUUACUGUUUGUAAAUGUUAAAUUUACAUAGUUUUACAAUAAUGAAUGUCUGACAGAGAUUAGUUUUGUGGUGUUUUUGAUAUUUAAAAAAAAUACAUGAUGUAAACCUACUUGAGAAUUAUUGUAAUAGAAUGAAUGCUUAUGUUGUCCUUUUGUUUAGUGGAAUAUGAAGGCUGUAGUGUGAGACCAGCACUCUGUUAAGAAUUCAACUUAAGUUGUGUCUUAAAAUCUCAGCACUAUGAUUUUCUUUUAUUUCAGUAUUGAUUCAUUGACUCGCUCAACCUUAUUUCAUACAAGAGAACACACAGAAGCUCCUGUUUAUGGGUUUAAAGUUUAAAAAAGGCUAAAAUGAUUUUAAAAAUGUUAUGAAGAAUGGACAUUCAAAUUUUUGAAUGUCCAAGCAGCUAACCUGUGUUUUCCCUGUUUGAUUGAAAUUAGUUUUCACUUCAAAUGAAUACACUUUAGAGAAAGUAUCAACCUUUUUAACUUUUGCAGUGUUCUGGAGCAAGAUUUCUUCAGUAAUAGCUGUGUACAAUGCAGACAAAGCAAUGUUUCUUAUCAAAACAGAGAAGAAAUACCACUGAAUUUAAAUGAUAGGAAGUAUGCCUUUUCCCACUAAAUUGCCUCCAAAAAUUGACGGAUAUGCUGUUAAAAUAUUUGAGCAAAAGAGAGCAUGUAACUUAGAUGUGAGGAUUUGUGACGACUGCUUUUCUCUGAGGGAAGGCUAGUUAGGAAAAACAGCCACAAAUUAAAAUAACAUUUGUCCCUGUUAGAGACUGACCUAUUAAUCAAUGAGGAAAAGACUUGUCUGUUCCCUGUGUAUCCUCACUAUUUUCAUCCUUGUUAAACAUCGUUAGCCAUCAGUAACGAGUUGUUUUUAGCCGGAAACAUGAUUCAGAGCAAUCUGUGACGCUAACAUGCCCUGUCACCCAGCUGCUGGGAGGCUUUGCUGUAAACUCUUGUAUUCAGAUCCAGUAAUAAUCUCAGUGCUCUAACUUGUGGCUAUGGAACGACACAACAACAUCAAACCAAUCAGAUGAACUCCACUACUUGUGUUGCGUUUUCACAGCGCACAAAGAGUGUUCUGUUUGUUCUGCUGUGAUGUAGGAGGUAGAAGAUAUUUUUCAAAGUUGAAAUAUAUUGCUUAGAGGGUCCUAUGGGAUCAUAGACUGUUGUAUCUUGAGUCAAAUAAAAAAAACAAAAACUGUGCAAUAACAA